GACACCCGGCGACAACCGGGACAGCGCCAUGGGGCCGCAGGGCCGCCAGCACCCCUGGCUGCACCCAUGGGUGCUGCUGCUGCUGCUGCUGCCCCUGCGAGCCGCGGCCGCCGCUCGCCCCAACUUCGUGCUGGUGCUGGCGGACGAUCUGGGCUACGGGGACCUGGGCUGCUACGGGCACCCUUCGUCCGCCACACCGAACCUGGACUGGCUGGCGGCCCGCGGGCUGCGCUUCACCGAUUUCUACAGCGCCGCCGCCGUCUGCAGCCCGUCCCGGGCCGCGCUGCUGACCGGCCGCCUCCCGGUGCGCUCCGGGAUUUAUCCCGGGGUGUUCGACCCGGGCUCCCGGGGGGGGCUCCCGCUGGCCGAGGUCACCGUGGCCGAGGUGCUGAAGGCUCAGGGCUACGCCACGGCCAUGGUUGGCAAGUGGCACCUGGGUUAUGGCAUCAACGGCUCCUUCCUGCCCGUGCACCAGGGCUUCGAUCACUUCCUGGGGGUGCCCUACUCCCAUGACCAGGGUCCGUGCCAGAACCUGACCUGCUUCCCUCCGGACACCAAAUGUUUCGGGACGUGCGACCAGGGCGUGGUGCCGCUGCCGCUGCUCUGGAACCUCAGCAUCAUCCAGCAGCCCGUCUCCUUCCCCGAGCUCGUUCCCCUCUACAACAAAUUCUCCCGGGAUUUCAUCGCCGACUGCGCCCGCCAGCGCCGCCCCUUCCUGCUCUACUACGCUUCCCAUCACACGCACUACCCGCAGUUUUCCAGCCGGGAAUUCGCGGGGCGGACGCGGCGCGGGCCCUUCGGGGACGCGCUGGCCGAGUUCGAUGACUCCGUGGGGCAGCUGCUGCAGGCGCUGCGGGACAACGGCCUGGAGAGCUCCACACUGCUGUUCUUCACCUCCGACAAUGGCCCCUCCACGCUGCGCAUGGCCCGCGGGGGCAGCGCCGGCCACCUCAGGUGUGGCAAGGGCACGACCUACGAGGGUGGCAUGAGGGAGCCGGCCAUGGCCUACUGGCCGGGCAGGAUCGCGCCAGGUGUGACCCACGAGCUGGCGAGUGCCCUGGACGUGCUGCCCACCCUGAGCGCCCUGGCUGGCGCUGCCCUGCCCAAGGUGGCCCUGGACGGAUUCGACCUGAGCCCGCUGCUCUUCGGGGAGGGGAAGAGCCCCCGCCAGGCCGUGUUCUUCUACCCCCCAUCCCCGGACCCCCUGCACGGCCCCUUCGCCGUCCGCCUGGGCAAGUACAAGGCUCAUUUCUUCACCCAAGGUUCCUUCCACAGCGACACGACGCCGGACCAGGCGUGCCACGGCGUCACCCCGCGGACGCCUCACCUGCCCCCGCUGCUCUUCGACCUGGAGGCGGAUCCCGGGGAGCUCUACGACCUCCUGGGGGAUCCUGCGGUGAGCCCCGAGCUGCUGGAGGUGCUGCGGGACAUCACCAUGCGCAAGGUGCUGCUGGAGCAGCGCCUCAGCUUUGGGGACAGCCAGAUGGCCAAGGGUGGAGACGCCGAGCUGCAGCCCUGCUGCGCCCCCGGCUGCAGCCCCAAACCUUCCUGCUGCCGCUGCUCCCCGCGCUGACGCCCCAAAACUUCCCAGCUCCGUCCCGCAAAGCGCCCGGCUCGGCCUCGGGGCUGCCCCAGAGCUCGGGGGAGCUGUGGGGAGAUGGGCUGGGGUGGGCUGGGGGAGACCCCGAAGCUGCUGGUGCUGUGCUCCGAGCGGGGUUUUCUUGGAUGGGAUCCUGACCCGUUCCAGGAGUUCCGGAAGCUUCUCCAGAGCCAGGAGAGCUCCUGGGAGCCGCCAUCCCGCUGGAGCAGAGGGAAAAUCCCAAAUCCAGGGAUCCCAGCUGGGUCCCUGAGGGUUGGGAUGGGGGGUCCCGGCAGCUCAGAGACAGGAGCUGGUGACAGCGGGGACAGCCCUGGGUGGCACCUCCAGCACCCGCCCAGCCCCGCGGGAUCCCCGGCUGCUGCCAUUCCCGUCCCUCCCGACGGCUUUUCCCGGGAAUGGCACAGCCGAGGCUCUGCUGGAGGAAUCCUGGCCUGGAGAAGUUUCUCCCUCUCUCCUCCUGCCCGGCCCAUCCUCCCCUCCCUGGCUCCCCCUCGUCCCCCCCAAACCAUCCCAACCCCCCUCGUUUUUCCCGGAUUGUCCCAUCCCUGUUUUCCCCAGGAGACUGAAUCACACUGAAAAUGUGGAUUAAUGGGCGUCCUGAUUCCGGAAUAUUUGGAAAUUCUUUUGGAAUCAUUUUUUUCCUGGGAGUGGGGGCACGUCCGGGACCCCAGGGGCCGGGGGACUCUCACUUCCAUGGAUAAGGGCAUUUUCUCCAGUGGGGAUAAAUUUUCCAUGGAAAUCACUGCUUUGUCUUACACUUUUCUUAAUUAAUUUUCCUGCAAAUAAUUAAUUCCCUCUCUCAUGGCUGUUUCUAAUAAAUUAUUUUUAAC